UAGUAAAUUCAGGGUAAUAUGGCUCCUAAGAAAGCAGUGACUUCAACAGAGGUGAAAGAAACGGAAACUGUGCCUGCCCCAGAAGUUAAAGAAAAGGAAACUGUGCCUGCCCCAGGGAAGGUGAAGGUGAAGGCAAAGGUCAAAGCCAAGCGCAGACUCACAAAGUUGGUGACGCCACUGGGCCAUCCUUCUACGCUCUCAAUGGUAAUUGAAGCCCUGAAAAAGAACAGUGAGCGCAAGGGGACCUCCGUGCCAGCCAUACGUACCCGAAUUCUGGCUGCACAUCCCACUGUGGAUCCUAUGCGCCUUAAGUUCCUCUUGAGAACAGCCCUGAACAAGGGCAUUGAGAAAGGCGUCCUGAUCCGACCUCUUAACUCCAGUGCGAAAGGAGCCACUGGACGGUUCAAGCUUGCAAAAGGUGAGAAGAAGCCAACCACUCAGAAAAAAGAGAUGUCUGAGAACAUCGACCCAAACGCAGAAGAGAAACCAAUAAAGAAGACUACUAAAAAAGCAAAAGUUGCUAAAGGUGAGAAAACGGAUAAGGUGGACAAAGCUGAACCCAAGAAGGAUGUGAAAAACAAACCUGCUGCAAAAGCAAAGAAAGACAGCAAGGAGAAAGCUGUUAAGGCUGCUGCAAGUAAGAAACCAAAAGCUACAACUCCAGCUGAGGGAGCCAAGCCCAAGAAGGUGCCAGCCAAAAAGGAGCCAAAAGCGGGGGCUUCAAAAGAACCCAGUACAGCAGAAGGCCCAGCACCCAAAAAUGGCAAGAAAGUAAAGAAAUGACCAAUGUGUCAGCAAGGAGUUUUAACUUUGUAAAUGUAACUUAUAACCUAAAUUAUCUUAUUUCUUUAAAUAAAGUGUUUACAUG